AUGACGGCACUCCAGGACCAUUCCACCCCAGCAAGACAGACCGACGAGACACAACAUGUUCAGACUGGUAUGUCUUCCACUAUGGCUGUCGACCCUGCAUACCGCACGAAGCGCAUAAAGGACGCCAAGACAGAAGCGCAGAAGGAGAUUGAAGACUACAAGAAACAAAAGGAAGAGGAAUUCCGAAAAUUCGAAGCUGAGCACUCGAGCGGAAACCAGAAAGCCGAAAGUGACGCAAACAAAGAUGCAGAAGCCCAGCUCCUUGAAAUCAAGAAAUCCGGGAAAGAUAAGGGCAACAAGGUCGUCGAAGAUCUCAUCAAGACUGUCCUAGAUGUCAACCCCCAGGUCCCAGAGAAGCUAGCUAAGAAAGCUUAA